GUCAAAAAGAAAAACCGGAAAUAACAAUAAAUUAAGAACAAAAAACCUUUCGCUCGUACUUCAAGAAUCUAAAAACAAAUAGUUUUAAGCUACACACAAUCAUUCAAGAAACAAAGUCCACAUUCAGGCACAAACAAGUGAUGAACUCCACCAAUAAAAAUAGCCCAGUUAAAGCAAAUAUCAGGGAAGUGUAUCUCACGCCCCAAAGGUCAAAUUUGAGAGAAUUUUAAUUUUAUUUUUAAUUUAUUUUAAAUCCAAUAGUUUGGAACCGAAUUUACUGUUGAGAACUAGUAACAAUCAGCCACGUGUUAGCAUUCUGAAACCUUUUCCAAAAGUGUUUCCACUUAAACUGGAAAAGAAGUUAUGCCUUAACCUAGGUAAGCCCACGUGUCCCCCUUUCUUUCCCAAAAGUGCUUUGGACACUCACUCAGCUCUGAUUGGAUCUAAGUUUCUCACACCAAUCACAGUCCCCUAUUGCUCUUCCCAGAUACGCCACUUUUGUUUUCAUUUGGGUCCCACCGCUAAAAUAGAAUUAACCAAUCAGGUGUUCUUUACUGUUUCAGUUGUUGCCCUAGACACGUGGUGUUUCCUAACCCACCCUCUCCGUACUGCAGCCAUCAUUAUCAGUUCAGCUCCGAAAUACACAGAGAGAGAAGAGAGAGAGACACAAAGAUACACACCACAGAGAGAGAGAAAGUGAUGGACGGUGGAGAAGAGUGGCACGUGGCAAGCCUAGGGCGAGGGAGUACUGGGAAGCGAGAUAAGAUGAUGAUGGGGAGCCGAGAAAUGCUAAGAUUCCGGCCGAUCGCACCGAAACCGGUGACAGACGGUUCAGGUUCGAGUUAUAUGGUGACAGAGAGGAAGAACUCUGUUGUUUCGAAAGGAAGGACGAAGAGAAAGUAUGUUAGGGUUCGGAAGAACAGUAUGAAUGGAUAUAAGAAAAUGGUUUCUGAGGAAGAAAGCAAAGAUGGGGCUUUGAAGACGCUGCAAUUGUUGCCUGAGAAAGCUGAAAUGAAAGAUCCGGUUGAUCCUACGGCUGAGAAAGUUGGGGUUGAGGUUGAUAAUGAUCGGAUGGUGGUUGAUAACGUGGAGGGUGGUGGUGGUGGUGGGUCAGAUCUGACGGUGGAGAUGGGUCAGACGAGGGUGGUGGAGUCGUGGGUGACGGUGGAGAGCGUGGCAGACACGUGCAUGGAUGUACGUGGGUUAGGGAGUACGGACGUAGAGAGAGUGAAGAAUCUGGAGAGGGACGCGUGUCCGGGGUUUAUAUCAGACGGUUUGAACAGGGUACAGUGGGUCAACGAAGCGUACAAGAGGAUGGUGACGAAGGAAUUGGAGUACUGUGACGGUCAGUCACCGGAGUACUGUGAUUGUCUGGUGAGGUUGGUGGUGAAUAAUAAAGUGAAGUUGCUGUUGCUGCCCUAUAAUAAUAACGAAGAAGCGUUUACAGGGUUGGUGAGACUAGUGCACACGUGGCGGAACCAGAAGAAGUGUUCAAAGGUGGUGCCUUGUGAUGUGUGGAGAAUGGACCGUGGUGGGUUCUCAUGGAGGUUAGAUGUCAAGGCUGCGCUCGGUUUGGGUCUUUGAAAAUGUGAAGAAAGCUAUACUAUUAUCAAAUAAAAAGAGAAGUGUGAUCUCUCUCUCGGUCUUAAGGUACUAUUUUCUCUUGGUAGUUUUCUAAAGGAAUUGAAUAUAAAACAAAAGUGUUAAUAAUAACUAGGAGAGUGUAUCCAGAUCAGUUUAAAAAGGAAUGGCUUUAGACUUUAGUGUUGCUUUUAUUGUGGCUGGGGAAGAAUAAUUUGUUAAACUAAAAAAAGAAAAUUUUACAUAAAAUCAUCAACAAUAAUGUGUGGUAGGUUAUAUACAUACCUCAUUAGGUGAUAUUGAGGUUGAAAAAAUUGAUUAGGUGG